AUGAUCUACUUUGGGGCACCACCUCUCACCCUGGUCUACUUGACUCCGCUUCGCUCGUCUAGUGCUGUCGAGCCUAUUAGUAUACUCGAAAAAAUUGAUCACGUGGAGAUUGCCAGCUUUGAAGAGAUCGGUGGUGUCGUCUACUAUUUCGUAGAUGUCUACCUGAAGCACCACACGAAUCGCAUUCCGACCAACAAGCGAUUGGACACGUCACGACGAGACCGACCUGACUACACCGUCAGGAAACGCUUUACCGACUUUGCUAACUUGCGCUAUAAGUUGUGGAGCUACGCACAGCGUCAACACAUCAGCGGUUCUGCGUGCAAAUACUGCAGCAAGUACAUGGAAGUCCUUUGGACAAGUCUCUCGCAGCCGCGGCUGUUUAUGAAGUUAUUCGUCAAGAGCAACAAAACUCGCAGUUGGCUACUCGCCAAGUGCAUAAAUAAGUAUAUCGAGAUGGCCAUUGGUAAGAAGGAGGAAACACGGCAGCGGUAUUACAUGUGCGACGGGAACGUGAUGAUUCCAGCCCUGGUUGUGCGAUUCCUGCGCGAUGACGCAUGA